AUGUCCAAAACGCCACCGAACAUAGCUGUAAUACCUAACGAGACGCCGAAAGCGAAAAAGAAGAACCCCAUCAAGGCUAUACGCUCUUUUGUGAGCAGGAACAACGCCGUGAAGCCAGAGAGCUUCAGACCACACGCCGACGAGAUACCGUUUGCUUCUCUGCGAGUGCAAGUGCUUAAUGCCAAAGAUCUCGCAAGCAGAGACCGCAAUGGACUGAGUGAUCCGUUCAUUGAUAUCAACUACGGCCUACUGCGCUUAUCUACACCCUGCGUCAAGAAAACUGUAAAUCCUUCAUGGGAUUCGAAUGACGCGACGUUCGACAUUAGUCUUUAUAGAUCUACAGUAGCAGAUAUUCUCCAGCUCGAAUUCGUCUUGUGGGAUAAGGAUACUUUCGGCAAGGACUACCUUGGAGAAUGCUGUGUCUAUCUCGAUGACUGGUUCCCAAAAUUAUAUCCAAAUCUCUCUACUAGAGCUGUUGAGUGGUCUGACCAUCAGAAUAAUGUGCGCACCCUCAGUAUCGAGUCGGCGAGGAAACACAACAGCGUCAGUGGCGUCCUCAAUGUCAGAUUCGGUCUCAUUCAACACGUCGCAUCCCCCGUUGUCGAUUUGGCGAGUGAAUUUGAGGAUAUUCUCGCGAAAGUUCGCAAAUCUGUUGAUUGCGGUUUAUUGUCCGCUCCUCCUGUCGCUUCAAUAGGCACUCGUCUCAUCAGCUCCAAUUCCCUCUCGCAGCAAGUGAGCAACGACUCAACGCGCACCGUUGUCGCCUCAGGUUCAGGUAGCGAAGAUAUCCCAUCUUAUGCCCUCACCAGAUCUACAACUGGAGGGAACGAUAGCAUCGGUGACGAGUCGGACACUUUCGACGAUUCUGAUGUAGAUAUAACUAUAUCAGACGUCGAAGGCGAUGAAGUGGAAAAUGAUGCCGAAGAGGUUAGGCACGCUGACGAGUCAAACGUACCCACACCGACAGUCGGGAAAAGUGAAACAGAAUCAUUCAUAAAGGGGAUCGAGUCGAGAAGAAGUGAAUCACAACCAGAGCACAGAACAUCUUCAACCCUCUCCCCGAGAGAUAUACCACCAUUUAGAAAAAAGUCAUCCAAGCUUAAACGCAUGAUAACACCGUUAUCAUCGAGACAAAAUAGCAGAGAAAGUAUACCACUCGCCAUCACACCACAGGGUGAUAUAUCUGAACCUAAUCUUUCUUCGCAUUCGCCUAUGUCUCUCAAAUCUAAAAGAAGAAGGCCGAAGAAAGCGAGAUCGAGUAGACCAAAAACUGGCGGGUUCAACUUGUACUCGGAAGAUGCUUCCAAUGUACUUGGUGUUGUGCUGUUAGAAGUCCGUCACGGUGAGGAUUUGCCGAGAAUGAAAAACUUGACUAGAACUGGAUGGGAUAUGGACCCAUUCGUCGUCAUCAGUUUUGGCAAGAAGAUAUUUAGGACUAGGGUUAUUCGGCACUCUCUAAACCCUACUUGGGACGAGCAGCUCUAUUUCCAUGUGCGUAACGGUGAAAGCAAAUUUAAUGUUGACUUCUCCGUCUUGGAUUGGGAUAAACUCAGUGCGAACGAUCAUGUCGGAGAAGCUUCACUACCGCUCCAGGAACUAAUAUACAAAGCACCAAAAGCAGACGCCAGUACUGGAUUGUUCAAUACAGAUGACUAUGACGCGCAUGGAAUGGAGGAUUACAAGCUAGAUCUCAAGAUAGAUGAGAAUUGGGAAGAAAAGCACCGACCAAAUAUACUCAUCAAAGCCAAAUACCUGCCAUACGCAGCGCUCAGACAAAGAUUUUGGAGAUCAUACCUCGACCAAUACGAUACCGAUGAUACAGGAGCAAUUGCACGUGUGGAGCUGACGAUGAUGCUUGACUCGCUUGGCUCGACACUCACAUCACUCACUAUCGACUCUUUCUUCACCAGAUGGGACAAGGACCCGCGCAGUGACGAGCUUAGCUACGACCAGAUCAUACAGGUACUGGAGAAUGAAACAAACAAACCAAUUAACGAGAGGAGGUCACUUGAUGCAGAUGCUGACGAGACUGAUGCUUCGGUGUCACCUGGCCCAACCACUCCAGCAGCAUUGACGGCGUGCACUAACAGCAAUGAAGCUCCUCUCGAAUAUACCGGACCUCUCGCGCGCCCGCCAAAUAACUCUCCUGAUACCGUCGAAGAAAAUAAGCGGGCAUCUAAAGUAAAGAAUGAAGGCGCGGGUAAUGAGACUGAUCCCUUGAUUAGUGAAGAAACAUCAAAGCUUAAAAUUUCGACUGAAUUUAUCGACAGUUCAAAACUCUCCCCUCAAGGUGAUUUCAUGUCUUCGUCGUCGAGUAUUUCUGGAUACGAUGCUAGCGAUUUGGAAGAUUCCACCGAGAUUGAAAGAGAUACUGCGAGCGACUACAGCAAGAUGAAGUUAAGGAUGGAUGAGAGCCAGCACGAGAAAAUUAUUAACAUCAAAGUCUGCCCGCUCUGUCAUAAGGGUAGAUUGAACAGUAAAGCUGAAGUAGAUAUCGUUACACAUCUGGCUAUAUGCGCGUCGACUGAUUGGGGUAGAUUGAAUAGAAUAGCUGUGUCAAAUUAUGUCACGGCUUCUCAAGCUCAAAGGAAGUGGAUUAGCAAGAUCGCUUCAAAAAUAUCAACGGGAUCUUACAAGCUAGGAGCUAAUUCAGCAAAUAUACUUGUCCAAGAUAGAUUGUCAGGCAAGGUUCAAGAAGAGAAAAUGCAGAUAUAUGUGAGAAUUGGUAUUCGAAUGCUUUACAAAGGAGCAAGAUCAAAGAUGGAAGGUAGUAGAGCUAGAAAAUUACUCAAAUCCAUGUCAAUAAAACAAGGUAAAAAGUAUGAUGACCCAGAAUCAAUUCGAGAGAUACCCAACUUUAUCCAAUUCCAUAAUCUGCGAAUGGACGAAGUGCUUGAGCCAGUCACAGCAUUCAAAACAUUUAACCAAUUCUUUUAUAGAAAGUUGAAGGCUGAUGCGAGGCCAGUAGAGAAACCAGAAGAUGGAUCGAGGUUGGUUAGUGCAGCUGACUGUAGAAUGGUUGUGUUUGAUGACUUUGAUGUUGCAACCAAGGUCUGGAUAAAGGGUAGAGGAUUUACAGUCGCCAAAUUGCUCGGCGAGAAGGUAUCUAAGGAGGAUUGGUGUGCAGCACUGAUUGACAAGGAGCAAUUGCCAAGUCUGUGUGUGUUCAGACUUGCUCCUCAAGACUAUCACCGCUUUCACUCACCUGUUGAUGGAGUUAUGGGAGAGAUUACGACGAUUGAGGGAGAAUACUACACUGUCAACCCACAAGCUGUGAGAUCGUCGAUUUCUGUCUUUUCUGAUAAUGUACGCGUAAUUGUGCCAAUUCAUACGGAACGCUACGGGACUGUAGUGGCAGUCUGUAUCGGAGCCAUGAUGGUAGGUUCAACGAUACUGACGAAAAAGGAGGGCGAGAGAGUGAACAGAGGUGAAGAAUUUGGAUACUUUGCUUUCGGAGGAUCGACAAUUGUGUGCCUCUUUCCGUCAGGAGUUGUUUCAUGGGAUGAUGACGUCAAGGAGAACAGCAGCGCAGCUAUCGAAACGCUGGUGCGAGUUGGUAUGGGUAUUGGUUCGUUGAAUGAACAUUAG